AUGGCUCUCAAGUAUUUGUGUUUAGUGCUGUGCUUGGCGUUGUUCGCGACGAAAGCUCAUGGAUACAAUGAGUAUGUGGCAUACAAAAUAUCAGCUACCUUCUUCGAAGCGUAUCAGCAGUGUCGUCUGUUUGGCGGAUAUUUAGCAUCAAUUGACUCGGCUGCUGAAAAUGCGCGAGCUGUCACCGCCAUCAAAGCUGUUGGAGAUAUAAACAGACAAUGGUACAUUGGAGGCUCCGAUUUGGGUAAAGAGGGUACUUUUGUUUGGGUUGGUUUGAACAAAAGAGCUAGCUACUUAAACUUUGGCCCGUCUGAACCCAACAAUUCCAAUGGAAUAGAGAAUUGUAUCGCAAUAGGAUCAAUAUCAGGUACCCAGUGGAACGAUAUUCCUUGCUCGUUUAAAGCACCAGGGUUCGUGUGUACCUAUGUCCGUCAAUAA